AUGGCCUUGAAGGGCAGAGACUUAGUUGGUAUUGCAGAGACUGGAUCUGGAAAGACCUUGGCGUAUCUUCUUCCAGCUUUGGUGCACAUUAAAGCACAGUCUCCACUGGGUUUGUGUUCAUAAAAACAUGUGAUAUCUGCUAUUUUUUUUUCAUAUUUGGAUCAGUAUUAAGUUUUCAUUGGUGGAUCUUUGGCUUUUUAUUUUAUUCUCCAGUGUAUGGUGAUGGACCUAUAGCCCUAAUCUUGGCGCCUACCAGGGAACUGGCUGUUCAAAUACAAGAAGAAGCUUCAAAAUUUGGAUCUCAUUCAAAUAUUAGAAGCACUUGCAUUUAUGGUGGCGCACCAAAGGGACCCCAGAUUCGAGAUCUUAAAAGAGGUUUUUCUGUUAAUAUAUUUCACCAGUAUUGUUUAUUUUUUAAGUUUGCUUUCUUAGUACAUUUACUGUCGACGUUUAUUUUUUAUUAUAAAUUUAUUAUGUGUCUAAUAACAUGUUGUUUGUAGGUGUUGAGAUUGUGAUUGCAACUCCUGGUCGUCUAAUAGAUAUGUUGGAAGCUUGCCAUACUAAUCUGCGGAGGGUUACCUAUCUUGUGAUGGAUGAGGCAGAUCGUAUGCUAGAUAUGGGAUUUGAACCUCAGAUAAAAAAGAUCAUCUCUCAAGUAUGACCCACGACAUUAUUUUAUGAUGAUUAUGCUACACCAUAAUGAAUAUUUACUUUCCUUUGAUUGCCUGCCAUGGUAUUAGCUGAUGCUUAUUUUCUCUCAUCAAAAGUGUGACUCUUCGUUGUCACUAUCGAAUUUUCCGCGAAAUAUUCUGCACCUGACAUUUGCUAGGCACAUUGUUCUUAAAAGCGAGAGAGCAAGCGCAGGGAAAGCUUGCUGUUUAUUUUUAUGUUGUGCUGAUUGCAUUUCCCCUUUCAUUGUUAUACACAUAUUCCCAUGCAUUUAUUUUCGUUUUUUUUUUCUGAUAUAUCUGGACAUGGACAAUAGGGUGAUUAUGUUUUCAUCAUCUGGUCACACGCUUAAAAAGCCAGCUAAGAAUGUUUCGCGUCAUAAGUACUUUAUUAGUCUGAUUACGUCCCAAUUUUAUCUCCAAAGUGGGCAUGGCUUCAACAAGAGUGUUUAGCUUACUUUUUCCUUCACUGUGGGAUGACAAUUAUGAAAGCUGCUUUCGUUUUAAGGAAGUUAGCUGGUUUCUGUAAGUAGGCUCUUUCACAGACAACAAAAAUUACUGGCUGAGUGAUAUUUUUGGAAAAAGUAGUAUCCGUUUAUAUAAUGAGCUAUAAACACAAUGCAUUAUAGAUGACGUAUACUUUUCGAACAAAGUUAAGGAAUGGUUAUAUAGAGACGGUUGACCUCUUUGUAGCCUAUGAACACCUUAACUAGUUAUAAACUUAAAAGCAGUGGAUUGACAUUCUGUCGUCAAUCCACUUGUAUUUUGAUCUUGUUUUAUCAUUCACACUUUUUGAAGCAUAAAUCGUCUCAUCCUAUUUGCCAAAGUUCCCAAAAGAUUUGGACUAGUCUACUUCCUUGUGUUCUGGACAUGAGACUGCACCAUGCUCUGGUGACAUUGACUUGCAUUGGAUUAUCUUACCUCUUGUUGAUUUUUCCAGUGUUAAAUUACUUAUUUUGGUUACCAUCUUAUGUGGAAAAAUUAUGCUUAUUACCAGAUCCGGCCUGAUAGGCAGACAUUGUAUUGGAGUGCUACAUGGCCUAGGGAGGUGGAGACCUUAGCUAGACAAUUCUUACACAACCCUUACAAGGUACCUUAGUUCCAUGUGGUGUGCAACUCAUUUCCCUUUUUUUUUCUUCUUUCUGCAAUCAGUUUAUCGGCAUCUAUGUGACCAAUGUCCAUUUCUAGGUUAUCAUCGGUUCUCCUGAACUGAAAGCUAACCAGUCCAUCAAUCAGAUUGUGGAAGUUAUAUCCGAACAUGAGAAGUAUCCCAGGUGCGCUUUGUGGUCAUGCUUUGGCAGCUAUGGCACGCUUGAUGCUCACCUUCGUCCCUUGGCCCUACAGGUUAAUAAAAUUAUUGGGAGAGAUGAUGGAUGGCAGCCGGAUCCUGGUAUUCCUCGAGACCAAGAAAGGCUGUGACCAGGUCACAAGGCAACUCAGAAUGGAUGGGUGGCCGGCUCUUUCCAUCCAUGGCGAUAAGCCCCAGGCGGAGAGAGACUGGGUCCUCUCAGAGUUCAAAAGCGGCAAUAGCCCUGUGAUGACCGCCACUGAUGUGGCUGCUCGUGGCCUCGGUAGGAUCGAUUUUUCUUAGAGCUUGCUAAAAAUGUUUUCUCGGCGUCCCCAAGAUUAUAUCUAGUCAUUGGCGCCGCAGGCCAGCAUCCUACCCAUUGACUCUGGGUUGGCGGUGUGCAAUGGGGUGGCAUCAUCAUAAAGGUAGCUACUUCAAACUCCACUGAGUAUGAGCACUUAUAAGACCUUUUGCCCAAUGUUAUUAGGACAUAUGGUAGUCUCCCCCCCCCCCCUCCCCUUUCCUUUUCAAUAUCCGAUUCUCUGGGCCUCUGCACCAUCGUCAUAGCUCCACUUCCCCAAAGUCCUUUUCAUCAGUUCAUUCACAUGCUGAUGAUACCAGCAUGCAGAGCGGAUCCAAUAAUCCUUAAUGUGGGGAAAACUGAUUGGCAAUGAUUCGUGCUUUUUUCUUUUUUUCUUUUUAAUUUUAUUAACUGAGUAGAGGAUUUUAACUCGGAGAGUGGAGGUCCACCCAGCCUCCCAUGUAAACAGCUUCUUGAAUAGUUGGCAUAGUUUUGGCAAGUGGAUUCAAAUAUUAGUGAUUCACGGUAGAAAAUGACCUAAAAAAAGAGUAGGCACCGGCUUUGGCUAAUCACUAUUAUGAGUUUAUUUAAGAUAAUUUACCUUUCAGAAAUUCCAACUCCCUUUUAUUUUAUUUUUUUGAAGGAGGCCAUAAGAUUUUAUUUUUUUAUUUGUCCUUCAUUGUAUCCUUGUAUCGGUGGGCCCAUCAAAUUAUUCCUUGAGUGUUUGGAUACAAGAAAGUUCUAAUUUUUUUACAAAUUUGUUAUUAAAGAGGAACUUAAUUUAUAAUUUAUCCUUUAUUUCCCCCUUUUCUACAUGAUCAUUGUCAUUAAUAACAACAGUCUAGAAAUGCUGAUGUCGUGGUGCUAUUAUCUUUUCUGAGGCCCAGAAAUCUGGUUUGACUGUCAACUCUUGGGAUUUUCUGACCAGCCAGGGGGCUUGUUCAUACCUCUGGUUUAUCACACAAUUUUUUUGCUUCUCGGGAUGGAUCUCCCCAUCUCCAGUGGAUUCUCCCGUAAGUUAAAGUCUAAAGUGCUCAUCUCCUUGAUGUGGUUGUCAAAAGUCUACUGCCCCCCACCCAUCGUCAUAGAGCUGGUUCAUGCGGCGGCCCUGUCACAGUUCUUAGGGUUCUUCCCUUAUUUUUGUGAUGAUCUCCCCCUUUUUUUUUUUCUCUACAAAUCCUUGCCUCAUGGGCCAUCCUUUCUGCGUUAAAUUCUAACCUUCAUAGUUGCAGGGACAAUAGCAAUUCUCUCUCUCUCUCUCUCUCUACAUCGAUCUGUAGUGAACUUGUGAUUAUUGUGCUGCUGAUGUUUGUCUGUGGUCUCAUGAUCUACAGAUGUGAAGGAUAUAAAAUGUGUGAUAAACUAUGAUUUCCCUGGGACCCUCGAGGAUUAUGUCCACAGGAUUGGGAGGACCGGGCGGGCAGGUGCCAAGGGGAUCGCCUUCACCUUCUUCACACCAUCCAAUGCAAGAUAUGCCCGCGAGCUCAUCAAGAUCCUGCGCGAAGCUGGGCAGGCUGUCAGCCCAGCUCUCCUUGCCAUGAGCCACUCCGGUGGUGGUAUAUCAUCUUCCUUACUUAUCUAUUUUUUAUUAUAUAUAUAUAUUAAUUAUUCGUCUACAGGAACCUUAUUUAUGAUCUCCUUUAAUUAUCUAUAUUUUAUUUUCUUUAUGAUUUUUUGAAUGAUUCGUUUAUCCUUCUUUCUACAAGGUUCCGGCGGGCGGCACCAUCCGAGGGGGCGGGGCUUCGGCAACCGCUCAUCGAUCUCUGGGUCCAACACCAUCCCCAUUGGCGGGAGGAGGCCGUGGUGAUCGCUGCCACCGUUAAGACCCUAAUCUGAUCUGUUCCACCAUAAAGCAUUGGAGGAAUUGAGAGAUUUCUGGUGGUGCAAAGGCAGCGGCGGCGGCGGUCAACCCGAUAUGUUCCUCCAAUCUUGUGUUUGCUCAUAUUCUUAGUUCUAAGUUUGACCUAAGGAUCGAGAGAUUCUUGACCGAUCUUUGGCAGUGCAGUGGCGGUCAAUUCGACAGGUUCCUCCAUUCUUGUGUGGUUGACCCAAGGAUCGAGAGAUCUCUGGCUGAUCCGGUCAAUCCAACAGGUUCCUCCAACCUUGUUCUUACUCGUGUUCUUGUUCUAAGUUUGACCCGAGGAUGGUGGCCUCGUGGAUAUUUCCCUCCCUACUCAAUUCUCCUUGUGGCAGGGGGGGUUGGUUUGUGGUGUUUCAUUGGAUUAUCUUAAUUGUGUUGAGUUGGAGGGCCCGCUCUCGUUUGACCUUUGAUUUUGGCUGCAUUGGAUUUUCGAUCUGGCAUUCUUGGUUGACCUGAUUUUGGGCUAGAUUGGAACCAGGUCGAUCUGAUCCUUGAACCCAACUCUGGGUUGACCCUAGUUUCGCCUGUGUUGGAACUCUGGAUUGACCUGAUUCACCUUCUGACUCUGGAAUGGUCGAGUCUUGGUUGGCCUAAUUUGACCUUGGUCGAAUUUGGUCAAUCCAGUAGUGGUUGGAGAUAG